CCCCGCCGUCGGUGCGGGGUGGCCGGGAAGGCGCCACCCGUAGUCGCUCGGAACUGCGGACCCGAGAGCUGCCCGCAGAGGGCCGGCGGCGGGAGCGCAGUGGGUCGGGCGGGGCCGAGCCGGGCCGUGGGCCGUGUGGGGGCCGGGCCGGGCCGGCGGACGGCAGGAUGGGCUGCACCGUGAGCGCCGAGGACAAGGCGGCAGCCGAACGCUCCAAGAUGAUCGACAAGAACCUGCGGGAGGACGGCGAGAAGGCGGCGCGGGAGGUGAAGUUGCUGCUGUUAGGUGCUGGGGAGUCAGGAAAGAGCACCAUUGUCAAGCAGAUGAAGAUCAUCCAUGAGGAUGGCUACUCAGAGGAAGAAUGCCGGCAGUACCGGGCGGUUGUCUACAGCAACACCAUCCAGUCCAUCAUGGCCAUUGUCAAGGCCAUGGGCAACCUGCAGAUUGACUUUGCUGAUCCUCUCCGUGCGGAUGAUGCCAGGCAGCUGUUUGCACUGUCUUGUGCUGCCGAGGAGCAGGGCAUGCUCCCUGAGGACCUAUCCGGUGUCAUCCGAAGGCUCUGGGCUGACCAUGGUGUGCAGGCCUGCUUUGGCCGCUCAAGGGAGUACCAGCUCAACGAUUCAGCCGCCUACUAUCUGAAUGACCUGGAGCGCAUUGCACAGAGUGACUACAUCCCCACACAGCAGGAUGUGCUGCGGACCCGCGUGAAGACCACGGGUAUCGUGGAAACACACUUCACCUUCAAGGACCUACACUUUAAGAUGUUUGAUGUGGGUGGUCAGCGGUCUGAGCGGAAGAAAUGGAUCCACUGCUUCGAGGGUGUCACAGCCAUCAUCUUCUGUGUAGCCUUGAGCGCCUAUGACUUGGUCCUGGCCGAGGAUGAGGAGAUGAACCGGAUGCAUGAGAGCAUGAAGCUGUUUGACAGCAUCUGCAACAACAAGUGGUUCACAGACACGUCCAUCAUCCUCUUCCUCAACAAGAAGGACCUGUUUGAAGAGAAGAUCACACAUAGCUCGCUGACCAUCUGCUUCCCUGAGUACACAGGGGCCUCCAAGUAUGAAGAGGCAGCCAGCUACAUCCAGAGCAAGUUCGAGGACCUGAAUAAGCGUAAAGACACCAAGGAGAUCUAUACACACUUCACGUGUGCCACCGACACCAAGAACGUUCAGUUUGUGUUUGAUGCUGUCACCGAUGUCAUCAUUAAGAACAACCUGAAGGACUGCGGCCUCUUCUGAGGGGCAGCAGGCCUGGCAGGAUGGGCCACCGCCAACUCUGCUCCCCCUGCUCCUGAGGAAGAUGGGGGAAAGAAGACCAUGCUCCCUGCCUGUACCCCUGGCCGCUUGUCCCUCUUUUCUCUCUGUUCUCACUCCCUUGUCCCCUCCCUCAGCUCCAGACUUGGGGGAGGGUUUGCUACAGGCCUUCCUGUCUGAAGCCCGCCCUUGUGUGAGGUGCUGGGAGUGGCCUUGGUACCCGCCUUCCUGGGCAUCUGUUCUGGUUUUCUGACCAUUGUCUUGUUCUGUGGGGGGUGGGAGGGACCAGCAGAGUCCCCAAGGCCUGUGUCUGGAGGGACAUCCACUUCUGCAUCCUGGACCCUUUGCCCAACACCAGCCCUGACCCAGCCCAAGUCCAAAUGUUUACAGGGAGCCUCCUGCUCACCCUACCCCUUGCCGCUCGGAGGCCCCAAAGGAAAAAAGCACAAGAAGCGUGAGACGCCACCAUGCCUGGAGAUCACAGUCCACUUGCUCAUUCUCGUAGCUUUUUAAAAAAAAAAAAAGAAAAAGAAAAGUUAAGGAAAAAAAAAAACAAAAAAAACCAGAAAA